AUGCUCGCCUCCAGGAAACGCCCCCUGCCGCUGCUGGUCGCCUGCACGCUCUUUUUCAUAGUCCUCUUCUACCACAAGGCAAGGGCCCAUCGCAUAUACCAGCAGUGGUCGUCGUCAUCCUUGGUCGAGUCGGUCGAGUCGCACCCAACUAAGCUGCCAGCAAACCGCACACUGGGCUUCGGUGCCGUCGUCGUCGUAUCCAAACCCGACUCUGAACGGCGCCAUUCGCUGGUGCAGGCCGCCAACGUUACCGACAUCGACCUCACCAUCCCGCAACAGCCAAACUGGACGGAAGGGGACGUGUAUCGCUUUAGAAAUUGGCAGAGCGGCGCUCAGAGAGGCUCAAUACUAGCGUGGUUAGGUCAUCACAACGCCCUGCGCUGGUUCCUCGAUUCUGGCCUGGAGACCGCUCUGAUCCUCGAAGACGACGUCGACUGGGACAUCCGCCUGCGCAGCGUCCAGAUUCCUCUCGCAGCCAGCGCUGCCCGCCAGCUCCUACCUUCUAAGCGCGUUGCAAACCAUGGCAGGGACCAUGCGCAGUACUGGGGCGACCAUGAUGCGUGGGAUCUGCUCUACCUGGGGCAUUGCGGUGACUAUUUCGAGGAAGUCACCGAGGAAGGCCCAACCGGGAAGGUGCACUUCAACCUGAGCAGUAUGCCGCAUGUCCUGUACAAGGACGAGACGCUUCCCGACAGAUCCAACCUCCACCCAUUCACCCAAAGUCUAUUCGGCGCGCUACAACUACCCGCACAGUCACGACUCCUGCACCGCUCCAAGUUCCCACUGUGCUCCUUCGGCUAUGCGGUCACUCGCCCUGCCGCCAUGCGACUACUUGGCGAGCUUGCACCCCCGAUCCUAAAAGCAAACGGUCCCCGAGCAUACGAUGUCGCCCUCCUGCACGCAUGCAACAAGGGGUCUAAGAAGCCCCAACAUACGUCAUACGCGAAGGGGCAUCACUCAGCUCACGACCAUUCAACCCUGAACCACAGCCACAAACCCCCCGGCCUCCGUUGCUGGACGCUGAACUCUGAACUCUUCCACCACAUGCCGGGUCGGAGCCAGAUUGCCGAAAUCGGCGAAGUAGAAGGCGUAGAGUCAGGCGUGCCCCCAGUCGAUGCAGCCGGCGAGGCGCAAGUCGAAUCCCGAAACGAGACGACCAAUAUCGACUGCGGGUUCUGGAGCGGCGCAUUCGCUUUCGACGAUGACGACACGGAGGACUUGCAGUACUUGCAGGAGCAUGUGGGGCGGCAGGGCAAGUGUCUGAAAGACGACAGGUUCCAGACGGAUGAGACACAGCAGAAGCUCAUACAUUGA